UGUCGUGUCCCCCCCCCGGUCCAUGCCCGGGCACCGGCCCCGCUCCCGGCGUGCACCGCGGCGCCAUCGCUCUAUAUAUAGCGGUAAAAACCGCCGGGCAGGACGGCAGGAGCUGCCCGGGUCUCCCCCAGCCUGAAGUGCUCCAGUGCCUGAACCCCAGCAGCAUGUCGACAGAAAAACUCAAGCACCACAAAAUCAUCUUCGUGGUGGGUGGCCCUGGCUCAGGGAAGGGGACCCAGUGUGAGAAGAUAGUGCAGAAAUAUGGCUACACGCACCUUUCCACGGGAGACCUGCUGCGGGCAGAGGUCAGCUCAGGCUCAGAGCGGGGCAAGAAGCUGCAGGCCAUCAUGGAGAAGGGCGAACUGGUGCCCCUGGACACGGUGCUGGACAUGCUGCGGGAUGCCAUGCUGGCCAAAGCAGAUGUGUCCAAGGGCUUCCUCAUCGAUGGCUACCCCCGCGAGGUGAAGCAAGGAGAGGAGUUCGAGAAGAAGAUCGCGCCUCCCACGCUUCUGCUCUACGUGGACGCGGGGAAGGAGACGAUGGUAAAACGCCUGCUGAAGCGAGGCGAGACCAGCGGGCGGGUGGAUGACAACGAAGAGACCAUCAAAAAGCGUUUGGAAACUUACUACAAGGCCACUGAGCCCGUCAUUGCCUUCUAUAAGAGCAGAGGCAUUGUCCGCCAGCUCAACGCCGAGGGCUCCGUGGAGGAGGUUUUCCAGCAGGUCUGCUCCCACCUUGACCGCCUGUAGGCGAACCCCCGGCCCUGCUCCCCCCUCGGCACACUCCAGCAGAGACAGCGGAAGCGGCUUUAUCCUGUUUUCGUGGACGGAGCCGCGCAGAGGAAAUUUCAAGGACAUUGUGUUUGGCUCUUUCCCGUCUCUCCCCAGUAAAGUUCACUUUAAUGA